CAUUUUUGCUUAAUUGAAAUUUCGGUCGGAUUUGAAUUAAUUUGAUGCUCGCUAGAAAGGCAAAAUAAUAAAUAGACAAAGCCAUGACAACAAAAAAAUCGUGCGUGGAUUUAACGAAAAGGAGUAGGAGUCCUGUCGUGUCGGAGGCAGAGAUGUUCAACGAAUUUCAGGACUGGUGCCUCCGCACUUACGGGGACUCGGGUAAAACAAAGACGGUCACCCGGCGAAAAUACAACAAGAUCCUUCAGACUCUUUUACAGAACGACGAGUCGGGCGGCGUCUACAUCGAGAGCAACCACAUCAACGCCAAAUUCAAAUUCUGGGUGAAAUCCAAAGGUUUUCAGGUCGGGAGCAUUCAAGGCGACCACAAUGGAGCAUCUGGAAAACCGGUCCUUUACGUCCCCAUCAAGGCAACGUGUGUCGAUGGGAGCUCAACUCAGGACAGCUCCUCCCUGAAGCGGGUGGCGGUGGUGGAAGAUUUCUUUGACAUCAUCUACGCCAUGCAUGUGGAGAUUGGAACUGACCCCAGCAAAGCGCCCAAGCACGCUGGCCAGAAGAAAACAUACAAAGCGAUUGCUGAGACGUACGCCUUCCUGCCCAGAGAGGCGGUGACCCGUUUCCUGAUGAGCUGUGGCGAGUGUCAGAAGAGGAUGCACAUCAACCCCAGCGGCGCCGAGUUCAAAGAGAACGACCGGCCAACAUCGCUAGUGCCAGACCUCAUCGAUUACAAUAUGCCGCUCACCACCACGUACCUGAAGCAAAUGAAGCUGCAGUUCAUGAACGCCAACGAGCAGGAUGAGAGUUCAGUGAGCAGUGAGGAUUUUGAUAUGAGCGACCCCACAUGGAUAUCAGCUGAUCACGGCCCCGCAUCGGACCAGAGCCCCAGUCACGGAGAGAGAAUGCACAGCCCGCAGAACGCGCACAAGGAGGAGGACGAUGAUUCCUCCUCGGAGAGCGGCAGCGGGAACGGGAUGCACGCCCUGACCCCUCCGUCGGCGGGUGGCGUGACCGCGGCCGAGAGCGGCGGGGGCGGCGGCGGCGGCGUGGGGCCGUACGCGGAGGUGAACGGGAACGGGGCGGUGGCUCCCCUGGACUUCAGCACCACCUCCUCCUCCUCGUCCUCCGAGGACCAGCAACCCAUGAACCUGAGCGAGCGGCUGCCCGCCGGGCCGCUGCUCGGCCCCUUCCAGCCGGACCCUCCCGACGGCCUGCGCAGGAAGUACCCCGGCAAGCCUGCCCACCCCACCGAGCUGCGCCUCGACCGUGAUAUCAGGGACUACGGCAACAAGUCUCCUCAGUACAGCUCAGGGAGCUAUGACUCGGUAAAGACGGAGAUGUGUCCAGAGGACCUGACCGUGAGCCGGGUGCAGGUGGCGGACGACGACGACGAUGACCACGAUGACCAUGACGACAGCGACAAGAUGAAUGACACAGAGGGCGUGGACCCUGAGAGGCUAAAAGCCUUCAAUAUGUUCGUGAGGCUGUUUGUGGAUGAGAAUCUGGACCGCAUGGUACCCAUCUCCAAGCAGCCCAAGGAGAAGAUCCAGGCCAUCAUCGAGUCCUGCAGCCGCCAGUUCCCAGAGUUCCAGGAGCGCGCUCGCAAGCGCAUACGCACCUACCUCAAGUCCUGCCGCCGCAUGAAGAAGAAUGGCAUGGAGACGCGGCCCACGCCCCCACACCUCACCUCCGCCAUGGCUGAGAACAUCCUGGCGGCCGCCUGCGAGAGCGAGACACGCAAGGCCGCCAAGAGAAUGCGCCUGGAUGUCUACCAGGCUCACGAUGAGCAGAUUGCACUGGACAAGCCGAGCUCCCGAGAGCCGGCCACCCUGGCGCACUCUGCGUACUCCUUGGCCACCACGGCCUACCCCCAGGACCAGCUCUACAUCAACGGUGGGCUCAACUACAGUUACCGUGGUUACGGAGGCCUAGGCGCCAGUAUGCAACACCCUGUCUCCCUGACAACCGGCACUGCGCAGAGCAACGGGCCAACUGACCUCAGCAUGAAGUCUCUGGCAUCAAACUCCUCGUCGUCUAGCUCCAACAGCCACGGGCGGGGCGGGGGCGGCGGAGGCACCUCGGCACAGCUCAGCCCCACCGAGAUCACCGCGGUCCGGCAGCUCAUCGCCGGCUACCGCGAGUCAGCCGCCUUCCUGCUGCGCUCGGCGGACGAGCUGGAGAGCCUGAUCCUGCAGCAGAACUGAGCUGUGCAGCCUCCUCGAUCUCUCCCGCUACAUUCCGUCCCCCCCCCCACCCCCCCAGGACCGCCAUUCCCGUCCUCUUCACCCUCCUCUUCCUCCCCCC